UUAGGUCUGUUGUUUGCAGAGUCACAGGCUUCAGGGCCCUGGUCGUGAGUGGGAGGAGGCCUGGGAGGCCGCUGCCUGCGGUGCAGGGUGUGUCUGAGGCUCCUGGAGCCCCAACAGACCGAGAUCGGGGUUCCCCUGCCUCCCGGACGCCUCUCUGCUCACAGCGUCCCCGCAGCCCGACCCCCCUGAACCCUCCAGCCUGGGGGCCGGCGCCGCUCAGGUCCUGCCGCCCAGGUCCCAGCGUCCAGAAUGGAUGUGAACUUUGAGGACGUGGCCAUUGCCUUCUCUCAGGAGGAAUGGGGGAUCCUUGAUGAGGCUCACAGACUUCUCUACUGUGAGGUGAUGCUGGAAGUGUUUGCACUUGUGUCAUCUGUAGGUUGUUGGCAUAAAAUGGAUGAUGAGGUGCCGUUCAGUGAAAGAAGUACAUUAGUUAAACACCAGAGAGUUCACACUGGAGAGAAGCCAUAUGAGUGUACUGAAUGUGGGAAGUCCUUCAGUGAAAGAAGUACAUUCAUUAAACAUCUGAAAGUCCACACUGGAGAUAAGCCAUAUGAGUGUAGUGAAUAUGGGAAGUCUUUCAGUGCAAGAAGUACACUCAUUAAUCACCAUAGACUUCACACUGGAGAGAAGCCAUAUGAGUGUACUGAAUGUGGGAAGUCCUUCAGUCAAAGAGGUACAUUAAUUAAACACCGGAGAGGUCACAGUGGAGAGAAACCCUAUGAGUGUACUGAAUGUAGGAAAUCUUUUAGCCAAAAAUCUAACCUUAUUAUGCAUCGCAAAGUACACACUGGAGAGAAGCCAUUUGCGUGUAGUGAAUGUGGGAAGUUCUUCAGUGAAAGAAGUGCUUUAGUUAAACACCAGAGAGUUCACACUGGAGAGAAGCCAUAUGAGUGUAGUGAAUGUGGGAAGUCCUUCAGUGCAAGAAGUACAUUCACUAAUCACCAGAGAGUUCACACUGGAGAGAAGCCAUUUGAAUGUACUGAAUGUGGGAAGUCCUUCAAUCAAAGAAGUACAUUAAUUAAACACCGUAGAGUCCACACUGGAGAGAAGCCAUAUGAGUGCACUGAAUGUGGGAAGACUUUUAGCCAAAAAUCUAACCUCAUUGAACAUCUGAAAGUCCACACUGGGGAGAAGCCAUAUGAGUGUAGUCAAUGUGGGAAGUCCUUCAGUGCAAGAAGUACACUCAUUAAUCACCAGAGACUUCAAACUGGAGAGAAGCCAUAUGAGUGUACUGAAUGUGGGAAGUCCUUCAUUAAAAGAGGUACAUUAAUUAAACACCACAGAGGUCACAGUGGAGAGAAGCCAUAUGAGUGUACUGAAUGUGGGAAGUCCUUUAGUGAAAGAAGUACAUUCAUUCAACAUCUGAAAGUCCACACUGGAGAGAAGCCAUAUGACUGUCGUGAAUGUGGGAAGACUUUUAGGCUAAAAUCUCACCUUAUUAAACACCAGAGAAUACACACUGGAGAGAAGCCAUAUGAGUGCACUGAAUGUGGGAAGCAUUUUAGCCAAAAAUAUAACCUCAUUAAACAUCUGAAAGUCCACACUGGAGAGAAGCCAUAUGACUGUAGUGAAUGUGGGAAGUCCUUCAGUGCAAGAAGUACACUCAUUAAUCACCAGAGAGUUCACACUGGAGAGAAGCCAUAUGAGUGUACUGAAUGUGGGAAGUCUUUUCGCCAAAAAUCUAGUCUUAUUACACAUCUAAGAGUUCACACUGGAGAAAAGCCAUAUGAGUGCACUGAAUGUGGGAAGCCUUUUAGCCAAAAAGUUAACCUCAUUGAACAUCUGAAAGUCCACACUGGGGAGAAGCCAUAUGAGUGUAGUGAAUGUGGAAAGUCCUUAAGUGCAAGAAGUACACUCAUUAAGCACCAGAGAGUCCACACUGGAGAGAAGCCAUAUGACUGUAGUAAAUGUGGGAAGCCUUUUAGGCUAAAAUCUCACCUUAUUAAACACCAGAGAGUACACACUGGAGAGAAGCCAUAUGAGUGCACUGAAUGUGGGAAGCCUUUUAGACAAAAAUCUAGCCUCAUUAAACAUCUGAAAGUACACACUGGAGAGAAGCCAUAUGACUGUAGUGAAUGUGGGAAGUCCUUCAGUGCAAGAAGUACACUCAUUAAUCACCAGAGAGUUCACACUGGAGAGAAGCCAUAUGAGUGUACUGAAUGUGGGAAGUCUUUUCGCCAAAAAAUUAGUCUUAUUACACAUCUGAGAGUUCACACUGGAGAAAAGCCAUAUGAGUGCACUGAAUGUGGGAAGCCUUUUAGCCAAAAAGUUAACCUCAUUGAACAUCUGAAAGUCCACACUGGGGAGAAGCCAUAUGACUGUAGUGAAUGUGGGAAGUCCUUCAGUGCAAGAAGUACACUCAUUAAGCACCAGAGAGUUCACACUGGAGAGAAGCCAUAUGAGUGUACUGAAUGUGGGAAGUCUUUUCGCCAAAAAUCUAGUCUUAUUACACAUCUGAGAGUUCACACUGGUGAGAAGCCAUAUGAGUGUACUGAAUGUGGGAAGCCUUUUAGCCAAAAAUCUAACCUUAUUAAUCAUCUGAAAGUCCACACUGGAGAGAAGCCAUAUGAGUGUACUGAAUGCGGGAAGUCCUUCAGUGCAAGAGGUACACAUUCAUUACUAGAGAGUUCACAGUGGAGAGAAGCCAUAUGAGAGUAGUGAAUGUGGGAUGUCCUUCAGUGAAAGAAGUACAUUAAUUGAACACCAGAGAGGUCACA